GUCUCUACUCGGCUACCGUACAUUCGCGGAAAUUGUCAAAACAAUUAGUGGUCGUAGCAUUUUAGCGUGAUUUUUUUUUUUUCCUAUUAGAAACAUAGUUUAUCAACGAUAAUCUUCAUUCAUUACAGGAGUUCGAGUAUGGAAGAUGAAUGGGAAGAGGAGGAGCAGAUUGUGGUGGUGGAGCUCUCCGGUAUAAUCAACAAUGACUCUCUGACCAAGAGUCGGGGCACGUGCAAGAUACUCGACAUUGACAGCGACAGGCCCAUGAUGCAAGUUGGACAGUAUGUGUUUGCAGGGGAAUAUGAAGAUGCUUUGGGAACUUGUGUGCUGUUUGAGGAGACACCAGGAAAAGGAAAAGGAGCCAGUGGUCCAGGUCUCAAGUACUUGUGCCACACUGUGAAGAAACUGAAAAUGCAGCGAAUCUUUCUCACAGAGAAGAAAGAGGGCGAAACGAGCACAGCAGGAAGCUGUGAUGGUGACGAGCAGGUGUACACAACUUGUGAGGUCAGUCGAGAAAAAAAUGAUGAUCAACGCGACAAGACAGAAGAAGAUGGGGAUGACGCAGAUUUGGAUGACUCAGCAGUUGGCUGAACUAUGGAGACUUUGCUGUAUUAUAACCUCCCUUUGUGACAAUGAGACACUUUUGUUGGGCUCUGAGGGACUCCGUGUUGGAAAAACAUAAAUUCAUGCCAGUUGGAUUACACAUCAGAACUAACAAGACAUGUUUAUAUUUCUGUUAUUUUUGCACAGUGUGUAUGUUGCCUCCUCCUUUUUUUUUCAAACUGAGGCUCUAUCUUAGCAAAUAUGUACAAGUUAUUAAAUAUUUGAUACACAACAUAAAUAUGGUUAAAUUGCACUCAACAGGAAACAGAAUUUUAUAAAUCGUCAUGUAUAUUAAUUCUCAUCAAAAUCCAUAGGAGGGCAGAUAUGUACAGAUAAGUGGUGGGAUCCUCAGCUUAGUGUCAUAGAGUCCUGCUCAUUAACAAAUAUUCCCAUGUAAAGGGAGACACAGCAAGCUUGUGGUAUAUAUGGUGCUUUCUCCAGUGAGCUACAUAAAUAUAUAAAGAAGUGAGAAGACUUCCAUAUUUCUUUCCAAACCUGCCACCCCUUGAGUAUGGGGUAGUGGGGUGUGGUAGUGCAGUGGUUAGCAUUGUUGCCUCGCAGCAAGUAGAUCCUGGGUUCAAAUAUUCCUACCUGUGUGGGUUCUGACGGGGUACCCUGGUUUCCUCCCACCAUCCAAAUGUGCAUGAUUCUAAAUUGACUGUAGGUUUGAAUCUGAGUCUGACUGGCUGGCUCUCUGUAUUGUCCCUGUGGCAGACUGGUGACCUGUCCAGGGUGCACCCUGCCUCAACAACAGCUGGGAUAUACCCCAGCACCACACAACCCCAUUUUCGAUAAGCAGAGGAAAACAGAUGGUUGGAAACUUUGACUACAAUUUAUAGUGUUAAAAAUGUAUGGUUUCAGUUUUUUAAUGAAAUAGUUGAACGCUUUUUUUUUUUCUUUGUAAACGUUUUGCCACAAUUUUCAAGUUUAUAAUUGGUGAAGAAUUCCG